UUACAUAUUCUUGAUCUUGCAGGAUUCAUGAUUGCCUACAAGAUGUAUAGUAUGGGUCAGGCUACCAGUUAUCCUCUGGCUGUCACUCCGACGGUGUAUGAUAUUAAGGGAAACGCCGAUACUCCCCAUGAGUAUGGUGCCCCGCCUAUGGUUAACUGGCAGGAUGUUAUAAACCUGAUGGCUCAGAAAAGCAAGUCUGCAAAUCUAGAAGAUACCUUCAGUGCCUUUCGGAAGGAAAGCCACCGUGCUGGCUCUUACGGCGACGAAACGCUCAGGGACGAGGUUUUGAAAAGGUUCAACCUGUAUGGACUUAAGACCUGGAUGGAUAAGCAGUAUGUCAAGAUUCAGGACCCCCCAGCUUCUGGCUACAACCGAUUUGUUUUCAAGCGUGACGCCGAGCAGCAACCAACAGGAUUCCUCUCCUACAGUGCUAAUGGAACUGUAACGGGUACAGUUGUGUACGGACACUACGGAACGGAAGAAAACUUCCUGCUGCUGCAAAACGAAAUGAGAAUCAACAUGAGUGGGAAGGUUGUUCUCCUCAGAGCAAGUGAAAACACUUUUGCCGAGAAGGUGGCUAAUGCUGCCAAAUUUGGAGCUUCUGCUGUGUUGAUUUAUGCAGACCCUUCGGAUUAUUCUUUUGAAGAGAACACUCAACUCUUUGGACACGUCCACUUAGGCUCAGGAGAUCCCUACACUCCCGCCUUUCCCUCCUUCAAUCACACCCAGUUCCCACCCAUCAAAUCUUCAGGCCUGCCGAAAAUAUUGGCUCAGACCAUAACUGCUAAGAUGGCAAACAACAUUCUGAAGCAGCUGGGGGGUCAGGACACACCAUCCAAAUGGGUAUGCGCUCACAAACUGGGAGAUGAGAAUGACAACAUUACCCUAGAGGUCAAUAAUGUCUUGGUCGAGAAAAAGAUCAACAACGUUUUCGGUUUCCUCGAAGGGCUGGUAGAUCCAGAUCGCUUUGUGGUCAUCGGUGCCCAUAGAGACGCGUGGGGUUAUGGUUUUUCUGCCUCAACCGUCGGCACCAGUAUUCUCGUAGAACUGGCCCGUUCUAUAUCGGAAAUGGUAAAGCAUGAUAGAGUCAAGUUAAGGAGAAGCAUUUUGUUUGCAAGCUGGAGUGCUGGGGAAUAUGGAAAUGUUGGCGCCACCGAGUGGUUGGAGACUCAUCUCGCUACUUUGAACCAAAAAGCUAUCGUGUUCAUCAACCUGGAUGAUGUCAUUCAAGGUUACGGUGAAUUCAAAGUAUCAGCCAGUCCCCUCCUGCACGCCCUGAUUCAGAAAACUCUUCAAGAGGUGAGUUCCCCCGCAAGCACUGGAUCGCUGUAUAGCGUGUAUGGGAAAGGCAACUGGGAAUCCAACAUAUUGGAACCUCUGAAAAUCAACGAUACAGCUUAUCCUUUCCUGGCCUUUUCUGGCAUCCCCUCGAUGUCAUUUAGAUUCAGAGGUCAACGCAGAACGUACUAUGCUGGCACAAUGCUGGACACACAAGAGAAUUUGAGCUUGAUCACAGGAAGGCAGCUCCCUGAGCUGACUCAACUGGCUAUGCAGUUUGCGGGUACCAUCGCCCUGAGACUCGUCCAUGACCAUCUGCUGCAGAUGGAUCUGAAUAAGUACAACGGCGUCAUUCGUGAGCAAGUCCUUGACAUAAAUACAAAAGUGUCGAAUCUCAAGAAGAUCAAGCCCAAGCUUUUUUCGGAAGCCCUUUCUGUCAAGUGGCUGAUCACAGCCAUGGGAUCCUACCGCCGCGCCAUGGAUAAACUGACAACCGACAUCCAGAGAAGUGACCUGGAUAUCACCGAGAAGUGCCGCAUUCUAAAUGAUCGCAUCAUGUCUGUGGAGCGCCACUUCCUGUCUCCUUACGUGUCUCCCAGAGACCAGCCUUACCGCCAUAUCCUACUCGGCAACGGCCCCCACACGCUGACUGCGUUGUCCGAGCACCUGGAACACCUGCGUACCAACGACCCCAAAGCGGACAUCGACUUAUUCCACGAACAGUUUAGUCUGGCCACUUGGACAAUACAGGGCUGCGCCAACGCUUUAGCAGGUAACAUCUGGUCUUUUGAAAAGGAAAUUUAGAGAAAGGGGGGGUAAAAAAACAUCUCUUUUAUCCUGGUUACUUCCUUUGAUCACAACCAACAUUUGUGUUAAUUGGCCAGAUAAAAAGCGGUAAUGAAAACUACUCUGACGGUCAUCACUUCUGUUACGUUAAGUUUUCAACCGUUCAUUGACAAGUUACAUUGACAAAUUGCCCGCAAUCUAGCACCCUCUACAGCCCAACAAUGAUGACCAAGGUUAACAUUUAGGGUCACGUAGGUCAACCAUUUUCUUUAAACACGUGGCACUUCAAUACUAAAAUAUAUUACUCAAAAUAACGUACUUAGUUGCUGAUUAUCCUUCGGUUUAAAUUAUGUCCCUUUUUCCAAGAACAGGAGAGGCGGGAAAAAAAACAACUUUUCAGCAAAGUAGCAGUACGAAUCACUAGUUUACUCUUUAGGCGUUAGUGAAGGAAAAAAAAAAAAAAAGGCAGCAGCGGUCUAAAAAGCUAAUGAGUCUCCGUUAUCUUCAUAACAAUAGGUUCAAAACUGAGCUGGUUUGUUUUGGUAGCUAUAUUUCUGCUGUAAUUUGACACCUGUUUAAAAAAAUAUUAAUCGUACCAUGCAGGUUUGCCUUUCAGAAAAAGAGGGAGUACAUCUCCCAACAAUGUGGCACUGAAAAAAACAAACAAACAAAAAUGUAUGUCUAUUUAUUGUGUUAUUUAUUUAUCAGUGGCAGGGAUCACUAUAAAUAUAUUUUUUUUUAAUAAUGUAAUUAUCGGGAGCAGUGCCUUCCAUAAUUAUGACAGUUAUACUGUCGAAAUGACAAAAGCAGCAUCUGCUAAAGAAGACGUACAUGCGCGUUGACCAAGGGGCGGGACUACUGAACAGGGCAGUUGCACUCAUCACAAAAAA